AGAUAUCACGGCGAGCGCAAGUUCAUACUGGGCUCGCGCUGCUCGCUUUUCUGCCAGAGGAGUUCCAGAGGAGUAGCGCGAGCGGACGGGUCUGAUGCACGAGCCAGGCAACCGGCAGCAGAGAUGAAGGCUGACGCCGAUUGGCUGUGAUUUUUAAACGCCACUUCUUUUAAAAAUCUCUUGCCCAAUAUCAACAUGGCAGAGCGCUCGGCUACAUUGCCCACGUCAAAGAUGGCGGCCCUCAGCCGGGUCCGAGUUCUGGCUCUGUUUUUUUUCACAGUCAGCGGCUGUUUGGUGAGCUUGUCCAGCGGCGAGGAAGGGGCAGAGGAGACGGUUAUCAUAGGGCUGAGGCUGGAAGACACGGACGACGUUUCAUAUAUGGACGGCGGGUCUUUGCGGGUGAGCGAGAGGACCCGGGUCAAGCUGAGGGUUUAUGGGCAAAAUAUCAACAACGAGACGUGGUCCAAAAUCGCUUUCACCGAGCAUGAAAGGACCAAAGAUAUUGGCAAUAUCUAUAGCACUGCUGGAGAUAACAAAAGCAAAGAAGACACCUCCAGCUUUCAUCCCUGUAGAAUAAGGACCUCAGAUAUAAUCAUUUUGCCCAAAAUAAUCUUGAGUAGAAGGACCUCUGGGAUUGUGGAGAUUGAAAUCAAACCUCUGCGGAAAACGGAAAAGAGCAAAGCGUACUACCUGUGCACUGCCAUGCCCACACCUACAGCGGCAGGGGCUCCUGAUCCAUGGGUCUACCAUGAUGGAGAUGACACCAAAGUGGUGGUGGUGGAAGAAAGGAAAUUCCUGCUGCCUUUUUGGUUGCAGGUCAUAUUCAUUGGGCUGUUGCUUUGUCUGUCUGGUAUGUUCAGUGGGUUGAACUUGGGUCUAAUGGCUCUUGACCCGAUGGAACUACGGAUUGUCCAGAACUGUGGCACUGAAAAGGAGAAGACGUAUGCCAAAAAUAUUGAGCCCGUCCGGAGUCAAGGGAAUUAUUUGCUUUGCUCGCUUCUUCUGGGGAAUGUGUUGGUCAACACCACCUUGACCAUUCUGCUGGACGACAUUGCUGGGUCUGGAUUGAUUGCUGUCGUGGUGUCUACCAUUGGGAUUGUAAUAUUCGGGGAGAUUGUGCCCCAGGCUAUCUGUUCCAGACACGGUUUGGCAGUAGGUGCCAAUACCAUAUUCUUGACCAAAUUUUUCAUGCUGCUUACCUUCCCUGCUUCAUACCCGGUCAGCAGACUUUUAGAUUGCGUCUUGGGGCAGGAGAUUGUCACAGUGUACAACAGAGAGAAGUUUUUGGAGAUGCUCCGGGUUACAGACCCCUACAAUGACCUGGUCAAAGAAGAGCUGAACAUCAUCCAGGGAGCACUUGAGCUCAGGACUAAGACAGUGGAAGAUGUGAUGACACCUUUAAGAGAUUGCUUCAUGAUCGCUGGUGAUGCCAUACUGGACUUUAAUACCAUGUCAGAGAUUAUGGAGAGUGGGUAUACCCGGAUCCCAGUCUUUGAAGGGGAAAGAUCUAACAUUGUGGACCUGCUCUUCGUGAAAGACCUGGCGUUUGUGGACCCAGACGACAGCACGCCACUGAAAACCAUUACCAAAUUCUACAACCAUCCCUUGCAUUUUGUAUUCAAUGACACCAAGCUGGAUACCAUGCUGGAGGAGUUCAAAAAAGGUAAAUCCCACUUGGCAAUUGUCCAGCGUGUGAAUAACGAGGGGGAAGGAGACCCUUUCUAUGAGGUGCUGGGCAUCGUCACCUUGGAGGAUGUUAUAGAAGAAAUCAUCAAGUCCGAAAUCCUGGAUGAAACAGACUUGUAUACUGACAACAGAACGAAAAAGAAAGUCACCCAUCGAGAAAGGAAGCAGGAUUUCUCAGCUUUCAAGCCGACAGACAAUGAAAUGAAGGUUAAAAUAUCACCCCAGCUUCUGCUGGCAAUGCAUCGUUUCCUAGCAACAGAGGUGGAGCCCUUCAGUCCUGCCCAGAUGUCUGAGAAGAUCUUGCUACGGCUUCUCAAGCACCCAAACGUCAUCCAGGAGCUCAAAUAUGAUGAAAAGAACAAGAAAACUAUUGAGCACUACCUCUACCACCGCAACAAGCCUGUGGACUACUUCAUUCUCCUCUUACAGGGGAAGGUAGAGGUGGAGGCAGGGAAGGAAGGCAUGAAGUUUGAAGCAGGUGCUUUCUCUUACUAUGGAACGAUGGCUCUGACAGCUUCCCCAGUUCCUCUCUCCUUGUCUCGUACAUUUGUGGUCAGUAGAGCUGAAUCAUUAGCAGGAUCUCCAGAUAAUAAAUCUCCCCCGCGGCCCUGCGGUUUAAAUCACUCGGACUCUUUGAAUCGCAGUGACCGGAUCGAUGCCGUCACACCCACACUGGGGAGCAGCAACAACCAGCUCAGUGCCUCCUUCCUGCAGGUGUACGUGCCAGACUACUCUGUGAGGGCCAUUGCAGACCUGCAGUACGUCAAGGUUACCCGUCAGCAGUACCAGAAUGCUCUGAUGGCUUCACGGAUGGACAGAACUCCUCAGUCCUCGGACAGUGAGAACAUUAAAAUAGAAUUGACUCUAACUGAGCUGCACAACAAAUUGCCAGAUGAGACGGCAAACCUGCUCAACGAACAGAACUGUGUUGCACACAACAAAUCCAACCACAGUAUGCACAACGAGGGCUCCAUUUAGCAGCGGGACAGCACGCCGACACCCUCAACACACAGCCCAACCCUGCGCCCCAUUGACUCCUGUGCUGGGGAGAAGGCGGGGGGAACUGCAGUCAUUAUGCGCAUUUACAUACGUACAAGUCGAAAGUCUCGAGACCAAAGAGCUUGUGGUCCCUUUUUCUUUGGGGAUCAGUGUGAGAGGAAUAAAGAAAACUAAAGGUAAUGAAAGAAAUAAAAAAAGGGGCGAGUCAAGGAUAAAAACUAGAGUGCAGGCUUUUACUUUGAAAGCAACUCAGAACCAUGUUUGAAUUUCCACUCCCAGCUAGGAGUAAAAUAUGCAUUAUUUAUUUACGAUUGUUGUUGUUGUUAUUUAACUACAUUUGCAGUGGACCAGCUUUGUAAAGCGUUGCCUGUAAUGACCAAUAUGUCAUGGCCCUCUGUUUUGUUUUCUACGCUAGACUACGUUUAAAAAGGCUUUUUUCACAUGUUACUGGCCUAUAUUUAUUUGGAGCACAGCUAUUAUUAAGUUGCAAUUGUGUUUUAAUGGUUAAGUUGUGACAUGUCAAAAUAAGUCAAUAAAGAGGAGAACGGGUUAUUCUAAAUCAACAUCUUUCACAAACACUCUAUAUUUUUUAUUCUUAAAGCCUGUGGGGGGGGGGGGGGGGGUGGAAUAUAUAUUUAACAAAGUUCACUAAGUUGCGAGCAAAGGGAUACCGCAUGCAAUUCUUCUGAUUUGACCUCAAAAACACCCCCCUUAUGAAAAUCUGUAAACCUUCCUUUCUCUUAUGUUGCUAUAUUAUAGAACUGAAUAACACAGGAAAUAAAUAAAUAACUGGGAACUAAGAGAUUCUAAUAAUAAUAAUAAUAAUAAUAACAUUUAAGGUAAGAUGCUGAAAUUACCACAGUUUUGAAGUCCUCUGAAAGUCCAACUGUGAAUAUCUUAAGACAGACUCUGACUACAGGUGCCUUAGACAGAAGAAACAUGUGAGAAGGGUCCUAGGAAAGCAGAGACUUUAGAAGGAAAAACUUUCCAAAAACCUUCAAAGUUGUGUAAUAAUAUUUUGAAGGAUUACUGUCUAGUUAGCCCCUGUGUUUUAAAUGGCUAUUAGUGUCAUUGUAAUCUCAUAAUUUGAUACAAAUAGCUGGACUGCCUGUGGACUGCACAGCUUUGUCCCAGUAGGGUACAUUAAGAUUGCAGAGAGGUGGGUUUUUACAGCCCUGUCUUGCAGAGGUUCUGAUUCUCAGAUUGUUUUUAAAUGUUUUACAAUGUCAUGAAUCAACUUGUGCUCUUUACUGGAAACCCCUAAAGUGUGUUGUAAAAUAUGUAUCCAGGGACCGAUUUCACUUGUAAUUGAUUUAUUUGUUAUUUUAUUAAACUCUUUUGUUAUUGGCGGAAA